AUGGAGAACACGGUGGAGUUCAUAAUCGCGUUCCUAGCGGUCACCCAGGCGCGCGCGGUCGCGGCGCCCCUCAACGCCGGAUACAAGAAGGAUGAGUUCACGUGGUACCUGGAAGACGCGCAGUCAAAGCUGCUCAUCCUGCCCCCCGCCGGCAACGCCAACGCCGAGGGCGCCGCCGCGACCCUCUCCAUCCCUGUCGCCACCGUGCAGCUGGCCGACGGCGCGCUGGCCGUCAAUGACAGGUCCCCGGCAGGCGACGACAACAGCAGCGCCCUGCGCCUCACCUCCCCCGCCGCCUCUGCCGCCGCCGCCGCCGCGGACGCGGCGCCGCCUUCCCCCCAGCCGUCUGAUGUGGCGCUGUUCCUCCACACCAGCGGCACCACCAGCAAGCCCAAGGGCGUCCCCCUCACCCACGCCAACAUCGCGGCCUCCCUCGCCAACAUCGCGGCCACCUACGAGCUGACGUCACAUGACGUCAGCUACAUGGUCAUGCCGCUCUUCCACGUGCACGGCCUGAUGGCCGGCACGUUUGCGCCCCUGGCGGCGGGCGGCGCUGUGGUGCUGCCUGUCGCGGGGCGUUUCAGCGCGUCGGUGUUCUGGCGCGACUGCGUUGAGCACGGUGCCACCUUCUACACUGCAGUCCCCACCAUGCACCAGUGCCACGCCCCACAUGCAAUUGGCCACAGCCCCAUCCACGAGGAGACGCCCCUCCUGCGCCAUCCCUGCUGA